UGGUUCUAAAGCGGUGAAGCGUACAGCCAACCACCCAGCCGAGCGUGUCGGGAAUUGAAGCUUUGGGGCUUCGGAGCUCUCUGCACAUUGACCACAUGAUGGCCUCGCAUCUCGACGAGAAUGAGAAAGCCGACCGUAGCGGCGAUUUGAUUGAACCGAGUAUUUUUGGUAUCACUCAUAUUUAUUGGACCACGGACCCAUGCUGCCUGAGCCUCGAAAUCCGGAGAGGAUUGCUCAUUGGACACGCUUGUUACAACAGAAUGUUCGAUACUUUGGCGGUCACUAGGGGUGGCUUUCGAGCUGCCCGUUGCAGUUCGCGCCGUGGGGACGAGAUGCAGCCAAGAAUGCGAUCUUCGAUGCGGGACUUUGUCGUCACCACUGUCAAUUCCCUAUUUCUGGGCAUCGUCGGUUCGCUACACAGAUCCUUAUCUACCGAGCUGCCUGUUUACCGCAAGUUCCAUGCGAUACCUCAUCUUUUCGACUCAACUUCGCGGCCUUUAGCGAGGGUUGGGGGGAACGACUGCUGCUGUUCACGUGCAAAGAUACAGAUAUGUAUAUGCGGUCAUUUGCUGUCGCAUGCAGAUAUUCUCCAAGGAUCUCGAGGGUUGGUGAUGGAUCUCACUUGGCUGGACGAAUGGACAGGCUGCAGUUGAUGCGGGCAACUCCGACUACAGCCGCGAGGACCGCUAUAUGCGCUUUGAAGCGGCGUCUUUUGAGCUUCCAUACAUGAUCCAGAAACCUUCCGUUUUCAGAUUCGCGCAUACGUGUCUUGCAUCAGGGUUCAGGAGAUUGGGGAGGCAUCA